AUGGCCAAGGUAUCGGUGCUGAACGUGGCGGUGCUGGAGAAUCCGAGCCCUUUCCACAGCCCUUUCCGGUUCGAGAUCAGCUUCGAGUGCAAUGAGGCUCUGGCGGACGACUUAGAGUGGAAGAUAAUUUAUGUUGGCUCAGCUGAGAGUGAGGAGUUUGAUCAAAUCCUAGACUCAGUGCUGGUCGGCCCCAUCCCAGCAGGGAGACACAUGUUCGUCUUUCAGGCCGAUGCUCCCAACCCAUCCCUCAUCCCUGAGAGCGACGCCAUUGGUGUGACCGUGGUCCUCAUCACCUGCACCUACCAUGGGCAGGAGUUCAUCCGUGUGGGCUACUACGUCAACAAUGAGUACCUCGACCCAGAGUUGCGGGAGAAUCCACCCCCAAAGCCAGACUUCUCUCAGCUCCAACGGAACAUCUUGGCCUCGAAUCCCCGAGUAACCCGUUUCCACAUCAACUGGGACAACAACACGGACAGGCUGGAGACCAUAGAGAACCAGGACCCUGCCCUAAGCUGCAGCCUCCCCAUCAACUGUGCCCCUGUCAAGAGCAUGGGGCUCCCUGGCUGCAUUCCUGGACUCCUCCCCGAGAACUCCAUGGACUGCAUCUAA